AUGCNUUCUAAUAAUUGCUUUGGUCAGGGCACGGUUGUGGAAGGGACAAUUCAGAAGUUAUUUGAGGGCCACCACAUGAAUUACAUCGAAUGUAUUAAUGUGGACUUUAAAUCGACGAGAAAAGAGUCAUUUUAUGAUCUUCAACUUGAUGUCAAAGGUUGUCGCGAUGUUUAUGCCUCUUUUGACAAGUAUGUAGAAGUUGAACGUCUAGAAGGCGAUAACAAGUACCAUGCUGAAGAACAUGGUUUGCAGGAUGCUAAGAAGGGUGUACUGUUUAUUGACUUUCCUCCAGUUCUCCAGCUUCAGUUAAAGCGGUUUGAAUAUGAUUUCAUGCGAGAUACAAUGGUUAAGAUAAAUGACCGCUACGAAUUUCCUCUGGAACUUGACCUUGAUAGGGAGAAUGGCAAAUAUUUAUCUCCCGAUGCAGACAGGAGUGUCCGAAACCUCUAUACACUUCAUAGUGUUUUGGUUCAUAGUGGUGGGGUGCAUGGUGGACAUUAUUAUGCUUUCAUCAGGCCAACGUUAUCAGACCAAUGGUACAAGUUUGAUGAUGAACGGGUGACAAAAGAAGACAUGAAGAGGGCUUUAGAGGAACAGUAUGGUGGUGAGGAGGAGUUGCCACAGACAAAUCCAGGUUUCAAUAACGCUCCCUUUAAGUUUACAAAAUACUCAAAUGCUUACAUGCUGGUUUACAUACGUGAGAGCGACAAGGAUAAAAUAAUAUGUGAUGUGGAUGAGAAGGACAUUGCAGAACAUCUGAGAAUAAGGUUAAAGAAAGAACAAGAAGAGAAAGAGGACAAGAGAAGAUACAAAGCGCAGGCCCACCUUUAUACAAUUAUCAAGGUUGCACGCGAUGAAGAUCUUAAGGAACAGAUUGGAAGGGAGAUAUAUUUUGAUCUUGUGGAUCAUGACAAAGUUCAUAGCUUUCGGAUUCAGAAACAGAUGCCUUUUAACCUUUUCAAGGAGGAAGUUGCAAAGGAAUUGGGUAUACCUGUUCCAUUUCAGCGUUUCUGGAUUUGGGGAAAGCGGCAAAAUCACACUUAUCGGCCUAAUCGUCCAUUGAGUUCACAGGAGGAACUACAAACAGUUGGGCAGUUAAGAGAAGUUUCUAACAAAACCAACACUGCGGAACUGAAGUUAUUUUUGGAAGUGAACCAUGGGCUGGAUCUGCUUCCUAUUCCUCUACUUGAAAAAAGUAAAGAUGAUAUACUCCUUUUCUUCAAACUUUAUGAUCCUGCGAAAGAAGAACUACGUUAUAUUGGUAGGCUGUUUGUGAAGAGUUCCAGUAAGCCAACUGAUAUACUUGGAAAGCUGAAUGAAUUGGCUGGAUUUGCUCCCAACCAAGAAAUUGAGCUUUUUGAGCCUGAAGUUGAAGAACAAGUCCGAUACCCGGAUGUUUCUUCAUUUUUGGAAUAUGUGAAAAAUCGCCAGAUUGUCCAUUUCAGAGCUCUGGAGAAACCAAAGGAAGUUGAUUUCUGUCUGGAGUUAGCAAAAAGCAACACAUAUGAUGAAGUAGUGGACAAAGUAGCUCAGCGUCUUGGUGUGGAUGAUCCUUCAAAAAUUAGGCUGACUCCUCAUAACUGCUACUCACAGCAACCAAAGCCCAACCCCAUUAAGUAUCGGUCUGUCGAUCAUCUGGUUGACAUGCUUAUCCACUACAAUCAGAUCUCUGAUAUUCUGUAUUAUGAAGUUCUGGACAUCCCUCUGCCAGAGUUGCAAUGUCUGAAGACACUCAAGGUCGCCUUUCAUCAUUCCACAAAGGAUGAGAUUGAAAUUCUGAACAUAAGAUUGCCUAAGCAGAGUACUGUGGGUGAUGUGCUUAAUGAAAUCAAAUCAAAGGUUGACUUGUCUCGUCAAGAUGCAGAACUUAGAUUACUUGAAGUCUUCUAUCACAAGAUCUAUAAGAUCUUUCCACUCACUGAGAAAAUUGAGAAUAUAAAUGACCAGUACUGGACAUUGCGGGCAGAGGAGAUACCAGAAGAAGAGAAAAAUCUUGGUCCCCAUGAUCGUUUAAUUCAUGUUUACCAUUUCACGAAAGAGACUCCACAGAAUCAAAUGCAAGUGCAGAAUUUCGGGGAACCUUUCUUUCUGGUUAUCCAUGAAGGUGAAACUUUAGCUGAGAUUAAAGUGCGCAUUCAAAAGAAAUUGCAGGUUCCAGAUGAGGAGUUCUCUAAGUGGAAGUUUGCAUUUUUGUCAUUGGGCCGCCCAGAUUACCUUCAGGACUCUGACAUUGUAUCCAGUCGUUUCCAGAGAAGAGAUGUUUAUGGUGCUUGGGAACAGUAUCUUGGGUUGGAGCAUGCAGAUAAUACACCUAAGAGAGCUUACUCAGUUAGCCAGAAUCGACACACCUUUGAAAAGCCUGUCAAGAUAUACAACUGAAAGGUCUUGUAAUUCACUGCCCGUGCAAUGGAGCUAGCAAAUGACCCUUCUAUAUCAUUAUAGAAGGGACACAUAAAAGUUUUGACAGCUGUGGAAUGACGAUGAGGAAGGCAGAGAAGUGGCAUCAAGUUCAUUCAGUUACAUAAAGGGGACUUGCUUCUGUUUUCUCAAGGUGAUUUCUUCAGUUACAUAAAGGGGACUUGCUUCUGUUUUCUCAAGGCUAUUAUUCUUCCUUUGAUUUGGUUGGGGAAGCGAAUGUUGUAAUCGCUUCUUUCUUUGUGGUUAGGAUAUGGCUUUAGUUAUCGUCGUCAAUCUUCAGAGUUAUUGCUCUAUUGAGGGCUGGGCCUCUUCCCCCCUCCCCCCUUUUGUUUCAAAUCUUUUUUCUUUUCACGUCUUUUGCAUUAUUUCAUCUGCAUAGAAGAUUUUGAAGGGAAUGUAUAGUUGAUAGUCCGGCACAUUAUAGAUUUGUGAUAUCUGUUAAUCCUUUUCUCCCGUCCCCUCUUCCAGCUGUAUGUAAUAUCGUGUCAAUGGGCAAUGGGUUGUAAAAUUUUGUCUUUUUAUAGUAGUAAUAUAUAGUUAAGUAUA